AUGAAUCUGCAAGAGUACGUUAAGUACCUCAUCUGCGUGGUGGCUUUGAUUUUUGGUGGAAGUCAACAUGGAUCUGCAGGGGUUCUGGCGGAGGGGUCGAGGGUCGGCAGAGGGGUCUUCGAUCUGCUGUUCGGGAGGUUCAGAACCUGCGGAGGGUGCCUGUGUGGGAGAUCGAACCGCGGAGGGGCGAGGUUCCUAGGGGGCGAGAAGACAGCUUCUCAUGAGUUUCCGUGGCUUGCUGAUGUCCACGUGAAGUCGGCGACUCAAUUCAGUGGAGUUCUCAUCAAUGAUCGAUACGUGCUGACUGCAGCUAGUCAACUGAUUGGAUCAACAAGUCCUGAAGUCAAGAUAUCCCUCGGGGGCUACGACCGCUGUCACCUGGAUAUCUCCUCCAUGAACAUCUCCGUCGACAGCAUCGUCCUGUACCCCGAAUUCACACCUGCCAACCACGCCCAUGAUCUCGCUCUGAUUCGGCUGAGUCGCCCCAUCAAAUUCGAGAAGCGAGUGUCCCCCGUUUGCCUCCCUAAUCCUGGCUCGACUUAUCUGGGACAGGUGGGAACGCUCCUGGGGUGGACGAGGACUGAGGAGAACGGGAAAUCCUGUCUCCCCAGGAAACUGGGGCUCCCCAUCCUCGGCGAGAGCGAAUGCCUGAACUCCGGAGUGGAAUCCACCAACUAUCAAGAUGACUCGGGGUGCAUCGGCGUCGUCGGGGGAAAGUCCAUCUUGUGUGAUAAUGACGUUGGGACGGCUGUCAUGUAUCGCAGUUACGCAGGAAUUUACGACCUUAUCGGGAUCCUCUCGGACAAUAAUGUUUGCGAUGACGAGUCAAAACUCGCCGGAACGUACACCAGAGUGGGCCCUCACCUAGACUGGAUUCUACAGAUAACCAAAGACGCUUGCUACUGUACCAAGUGA